AGAGUUUCUUAUUUCCACUGUUCUUCUUGGUUUUGAAACUGCAAAAAAAAAAAAAAAAAAAAGGAAAAAGGAAAAAAAGGUCUUUUCUGGAGCUGGAAGAUUUUCCGGUAGCUUCAGAGGAACUGGAAAGUUCAUGCAAAUCGAGGUGAGGGAGUUGAGUGGAACGAGUUAGCUUGAUCGGAGAUUGGUUGCCGGGGAGCAUUGUUGUAAUGAUAAUUGAGGUUUACUGUGAAGAAGAGGAAGAAUCAUGCUCCCGAAAAUGCAUUUCUCCGAGCUUGAUGACUCUCCUAUGUUCCGCAAGCAGAUACAAGGUAUGGAGGAGAGUGCUGAGGCCUUCCGCGAGAGAAGCUUGAAGUUUUACAAAGGAUGUAGAAAGUACACUCAAGGACUUGGGGAGGAAUAUGAUGGGGAUAUUGCUUUUGCAAGUGCUCUUGAAACUUUUGGUGGAGGGCAUAAUGAUCCCAUCAAUGUGGCUUUCGGAGGGCCCGUUAUGACAAAGUUUACCAUUGCAUUGAGAGAAAUUGGGACAUACAAAGAAUUUCUUCGAUCCCAGGUUGAGUACAUGCUAAAUGACAGAUUGCUACAAUUUGUCAAUAUUGAUUUGCAUGAAGUCAAGGAAGCGCGGAGGCAUUUUGACAAGGCUAGCCUCGUAUACGACAAGGCUCGUGAGAAGUUUCUUUCACUGAGGAAAGGUACAAAGAGUGAUGUAGCUAAUGUUUUAGAAGAGGAACUUCAUAAUGCAAGGUCAAUGUUUGACCAAGCUCGUUUUCAUCUAGUAACUACUCUUUUGAAUGUUGAAGCAACAAAGAGGUCUGAAUUUCUAGAAGCAGUAAGUGGGACAAUGGAUGCUCAUCUUCGUUAUUUUAAACAGGGAUACGAGUUAUUGCAUCAAAUGGAGCCCUACAUAAAUCAGUUGUUAACUUAUGCACAGCAAUCAAGAGAGAGCUCCAACUAUGAGCAGGCAGCUCUUAGUGAAAGGAUGAACGAGUACAGAAGGCAGGUUGAUCAAGAGAGUAGAUGGUCUUCUGAUGGUUCAAAUGUGUCUCCUAAUGGAGAUGGUAUACAAGCCAUUAGUAGAAGUUCACAUAAAAUGAUAGAGGCAGUUAUGCAGUCUGCUGUGAAGGGAAAGGUUCAAACCAUUCGACAAGGUUAUCUGUCAAAGCGUUCCUCAAACCUGAGAGGAGACUGGAAAAGAAGAUUUUUUGUCCUUGAUAGCCGAGGAAUGCUGUAUUACUAUUGCAAGCAAAUUGUUCAAUCAUCAGGUUCUGGAAGUCAGCUUUGUGGUCAGCAGAAUGGUUCUGAACUUGGAUCUGGAUUGUUGAGUCGGUGGCUUGCUUCUCACCAUCAUCGUGGUGUCCAUGAUGAGAAAUCUGUUGUUCAUCAUACUGUGAACCUGCUUACAUCAACAAUCAAAGUUGAUGCUGACCAGUCAGAUUUGAGAUUUUGUUUCAGGAUCAUUUCCCCAACGAAGAAUUACAAUUUACAGGCAGAGAGUGCACUAGAUCAAAUGGAUUGGAUUGAAAAGAUAACCGGGGUUAUUGCUUCAUUACUCAGUUCUCAAGCUCCUGAGAGGUGUUUGCCUGCUAGUCCCAUGGGGAGUGGUCAUCAUAGAUCAGCCAGUGAGUGUAGCUCAUUUGAAAGUUCUGAUUUUGAUCGUACUUCUGAAGAUUAUACCUCUGAAAGGAGCCUUGUUGCUGCAUAUCAUGAAUGCCAGCCAAGAAGUUUGCAGAAUCAAAGGCCCUAUGUAAGAAGUGAGAAACCAAUAGACGUUUUGCGAAAAGUAUGUGGGAAUGACAAAUGUGCAGACUGUGGUGCCCCCGAACCAGAUUGGGCAUCCUUAAACCUUGGUGUUCUUGUUUGCAUUGAAUGUUCUGGUGUUCACCGUAAUCUCGGAGUGCACAUAUCGAAGGUGAGAUCACUUACUCUUGAUGUAAAAGUGUGGGAGCCUUCUGUUAUAAGCUUGUUUCAGUCUCUGGGCAAUACAUUUGCUAACUCAGUCUGGGAGAAACUAUUGCAAUCAAGAAGUACCUUCCAGGUUGACAUUGCCCCUACAGGGUUAUACAAGUUGGAUAAGCCCCAGCCACUUCUCAUGGGAAAACCUUGCUACUCCGAUUCUAUAUCAGUAAAGGAGAAGUUCAUUCAUGCAAAGGUCAAAAUUUGGCAUUCUACUUUUCUGCUAUUUACUUUUAGCUGCCAUGAACUUGUUCAAGCCUUCCCUUGGAUGUGCCUGCAACUUUUUUGCUAUGAUAGCAUGCAAUAUGCCGAAAAGCAUUUUGUUCGCAAACUGGAAGAAAAACAAUACGCAUAUUCUGCAGCACAAAAUAUUUGGGAAGGUGUUCAUGCUAAUGACAAAAAGGCAGUAUAUUGUUACAUUAUUAAUUGUGAAGCAGAUGUGAAUGCUGUGUACGAACAAGCAUCAUCUGGCCCUUCAUUAACCCUUACCAAAGCAAUGCUACUACAAGAGUACACAGACGUGGAUAACAGAUCUGGUUCCUUACCAGGUGAAGCUUUAGACAGGUCAUAUUCUUGUUCAUCGGACAUGACAGGUACAAGUGGAGACCAAACCAUGGAGGAUUUUGAUGGCUGCUCUCUCCUUCACCUUGCUUGUGAUACUGCAGAUAUUGGCAUGCUUGAACUUCUGUUGCAAUAUGGUGCAAACAUAAACGCAACUGACUCAAGAGGUCAAACACCACUCCAUCGUUGUGUUCUUAGAGGCAAAGCUGCAUUUGCUAAAUUACUUCUUACCAGGGGAGCAAAUCCACACACUUUGAAUGGGGAAGGUAAGACCACAUAUGAGCUUGCAGUGGAGUCUGACUUUGAUGAUAGUCAAGUCCUUGCUCUCUUAUCAGAUUCAAACGGGUAACUUCCUACUGAAGCAGGAGCAAUAUAUGGCCAACUGAAUCGAACCUUCAGAGUGAAAUUUGAGAAAUGUGUUGAGUUUUUUUACAAUUGUAAUAUUAAAUCCUGAGGGCUGGUUCUCUAUUGAAAUAGAAAUCGCCACUGUUGUGUUGGUUUGAAAGAGAGUGAAGUGCAGAAAGUCAGAGUGGUAGGUUUGUCAUGCCUGCUCCAUUGGCACAUGUGCAAAUUAUUAUCUGAGGGUUGUAAUUUAAAACGGUCGCACUUGUUUGACUGAAACUGAGAGCAACUGGAAGUUUUUUCGGAAAGAAGGCCAUAUUGUGAGGGGAUGUGCUUUGGGCUUGUGUUGUUCCGGGGCUAUUGAGGGUUACUCCUAUUUAUUUUUAGUGAGCUUAAUUUGAUUUUUUUGAUUUUUUAAGCAUAAAUUUUGAAUGAAAAUUUAACAGUUUA